AUUCUAAGAAAUGUCUUCACAAUCACCUCCCGUAUGUCUGACGAUGGCUUUUGAUUACCUGGAUAGUUGGAAAGGCGAAGUAUGUUUGCAUUCUAGCUGAACUUGAAGCAAGAAAGCGCAGUGCAAGGGGGCCAUUGGUAAGACGUAGGAUCCGGUUGGCCACAGCCGCCUUUCCCGAUUUGGUUCAGUACGGCCCUCGGUUGCGGGCACUUUCCUCGUCGUCUUUCCUAUCUUUUUACUGAACAGCCAUGCCAGCCAAAGCCCACCAUCGUACAGGAGGCGGUCUUGUCCGCACGCAUUCACGAACGUCUUCAGGGAGUUCAAAUAAGGCUAAUCUCGGCCUUCAAUUGACUCAGAAGGAGCCAGCUCCUACCAGAUACGCAGAUAAACAACCCAAGAGGAAUGGUCAUCUUUAUCACGAGGCGACCUCCCGGAACACGUCACCCGUGCCGAGAAAUAAUAGCAGAAUCCGUGUUCAGUCCAAGGAGCAAUUGCAGGCUCAUGCGAACCGCCCCGCCCCGCUCGCUAGCAAUAAUAAAGCCUCGACAUCCAAGCAAAAGGUUGGAUUCACCAUCGCCAGUCCCUCGGAGGGUGACGAUGAUGAAUGGGUUUCAAGCGAGAGCGGCGCUGCUACGCCCCUACAGAAUGAUUCUGAUGCCGAGCAGGUAACAACGCCUAUCGAGCCACCGAAACCCUCUAUUCAGCUAUCGACGUCACGAGUCAACGGAUUCGCGAUAGAUGAGCAACCUACACCGCGUGCGCGUACGCCAUCUCUACCACGCGUGGACACCGCCCGUCCGCCAUCUCCUCAGCGUCGAGAUUAUGCAUCUCCAGCGCUACAAACAUCCCACCUUGCCAUAUCUCUGGUGCAUGAUACUCCUCCGCAACAAAUCCAUCAUUCCCCACCUCCUCAAGUUGCACCCCCUGUACCUAAAGCCCGCUCAGAGACACACUCACCACCUCGUCGCUCACCCGAUCAUGUUCACUGGCAGUCGCGAACUCGACCCCCCUCCACACACUCAGUCGCAGGAAGGGCAGACUCCCUCCGUCCUCAUCCUCUCAUACGAGGUCAUUCGUAUGGACAAGGCAUACUCGGGCCGGCCAAACCUGCACCUUUAGCUCCUCUGACCACCGUUUUAGCAGAGAAUGCCCCAGCCCAGAUGUCAACGUCGACCUCACCUACUGCUGUUUCGCCUGCGCUGAGUUCGAAGACGUCAUCAACGUCUCCAGCGUUGUCACGUAUUUCUCCGACGAUGUCCGAGGCAUCGAGGCAGCUACGACGGACCUCGACGUCAUCUGUGCGGUCAACAGCCACGAUGCCUGUGAUUCCGUCCGCCAGUCAAGUACAAUUGACCAAGGCACAUCAUGAUCGUCAACGAACAUUAUCCACUUCAUCCACUUUCGCUGCGCUCUCGGGUUUUGGUUACCGAUCGACGCCGUCCCCUCCACGUACACCGAUGCAACAGAUAACUGUCACCUUUCCUCUUCCUGAUCAUUCCCAAGAACCUGUUCAUCCGCUACUCCCACCUCCUUACCUCAGCGCCCAUUUGACGAUGCUUACAUAUCGGAACCCACUAGCAGAGUCGUAUGAGAGAGUGAUGCGGGCAAAGCAGGCGUUAUAAGUUAUACUCUUGCUGUUGUAUAGUAUCAUGUUGGAUAUGAAGGGAGGAUGUCGUGCUGCUGAAUAUGUGAGUUCGAUCAAUUGCUUUUAUCCGCUAUUUCCGAGCUAAUAUCUACACCCAGACCCAAGGUUUGCUUAUCAUUAUGAAACACAGACUAUCGUUUCCUCUCAAUUUCCCGCCAGUCACCACUUGUACAAUAUACCAGCCAACCACGUUCGCUCUGCGCUUGCGCCUUAUUUGUGUUGUAGUUAUCAUACGCGUCUCCGCUAUCAUUUCAAGCAACUCGUAAAUUCUUUCACGUCACUCCGUGCCAUGUAAUCUCCGACUCUCACCUCACAUUGCGAAAUCUACCUACCAGCUGAACCCAUGACAGCAAAGCACGCCACCGUCGAAGUAUCGCGCUCGCGGACUUGCUCGUCAAUCACCUCAAGUCUCCGCAAUAUGCAAGUCAAGUAACUCUUUCAAUGACCACACCAUCUAAGUUAUCUGCUCGCCAUAUUCUCCUUAUCGUCGGUGCUUUCACUUCUCCCGCCGGCCGAAAGCAUUAUCAUCUGUUAUCGCCAGCUUCGCCAGCACGUUCAUCACUUCUGCCGGCGGAAUAUAGUGAAUCUCAUGACAACGAAUUCUACCGCCGGUGUUGCUUCGUGGCAAUGUGAUAUCCCUCCUCAGCUUCUUGAGUUCUCUUUCGACAGUCUCCAAUGGCAUCCUUGUUGUUCUGGCAAAUGUAGAACAUUCUCCUGCCGAUUGAUCGCACCAUGUUGUUCGAGCAUGAUCAAGGUGUGCUGAGCAUGUUUCGAUGUUCACGUGUACCCUCUCAACAAAAAAGAAUGAUUUAAAUGCUGAAGGUUGAUGUC